AUGUCACAAUGGGGUGGUCCCAACCAGCAUACCUUGCAGAAGAACCCUCCGUCCGCUGGACACUCCCCGGGCCCCGCGUCCCCCGCUCCGCCUUCACCCUCCACGAAGCAACCCGUGAGCUCAGCCAACUUUGCGCAAUCCGCCACGGCUCUGGACACGUACAACAGCGAGCGUCCCGCCUCUCGGGCAACCCAACGCGAGCGCAGCGACUCUAGAGCCUCGGUACGCCCCAUGUCCAUGAUCCAGACAUACCAACCACCAGUUAUGGAAGUAAGCCAGGAUACGCUGCCGGAACUGCAGCGCAUCUUCACUUUCCUGAACAGCCAUUCCAACAAGCUGUACCAGGAGGGCUACUUCCUCAAGUUCCACGACACCAAUACUCGUGGCCGUCCCGCGCCAGAUCGAAGGUGGCAGGAGUACUUUGUCCAGCUUGUCGGCACCAUCCUCUCACUAUGGGAUGCGAGUGCGCUGGAUCAGGCCGGUGGUGAGACUGAAGUGUUGCCGACUUUUAUCAACCUGACGGAUGCUGCGAUUCAUAUGAUCCCUUCCAUGACCCUAAAAGACGGAAAGAAGCUCGACAACAUCCUCAGCGUGUCGACGGCUGCGAGCAAUAAAUUCCUUUUCCACUUCGAUUCCUAUCACGCGCUUUCGCAAUGGACCGCCGGCAUCCGCCUCGCCAUGUACGAACACACAACCCUCUCAGAAGCGUAUACGGGCGCAUUGAUUGCUGGCAAAGGCAAGACGCUCAACAACAUCCGCAUGAUUUUGGAUCGACAGUGCUCAAAAUACGAAGACUGGGUGCGCGUUCGAUUCGGCGCAGGCACCCCAUGGCGCCGUUGUUGGUGCGUUGUCUCUCCACCGGACGAGAAGGAAUACAUCAAAUUGCAAAAGCUACAGAAGAAAGGCAACGCUUACGAGCGACCGCCAGUACUCAAGGGCGACAUCAAGUUCUACGACACCAAGAAGGUUACAAAGAAAACAAAGGCCAUCGCCACUGUCAAAGACGCAUAUUCAUGCUACGCCAUCUACCCCCAGUCGAAGCCGCUCAUCGACCAGUCUACGCUGGUGAAGAUCGAAGGCAGGAUCACAGUACACUCGACGCCAGAAAGUACGACAGAAGGAUUUGUCUUUGUCAUGCCAGAAUCGCGUCCGGCUAUUUCAGGAUUUGAGAUAAUGCUCCAAUAUCUCUUUCCCGUGUUCGAUACGUUUUCGCUAUACGGUCGCCCAAAGAAGUUGAUCGCGGACGUCUUGGACACCCGUGGGCUGAUGUUCGCCAUGCCUUCUGAUAGGCGGUACGGAUACUUGGAGAUGUGGGACGUGGUGGGCUUGAUCAACACAGAGGGCAGCGACAAGUGGUCAGAGCGCCAGUGGAGGAAGCAACUGAAGGACUUGACGUCGACACGGAUGAUGUCCGCAAACCAGGAUGCAGAGUCAAUCUACAGUCGCGCCAGCCGCAGGAAUACCGUCAGCCGAGCAGGUUUCACACCUCGCGGUCUGCGAUUUGAAGACCAGGGCUCUGUUCGCUCUAGCCCGUCCACGCGCCAGUCAUCCCCUACACGUAAAUUCCCAGACUUUGAAGUGCAAAAGACGCGCCGUGCCGGGACGGCUCCCGCAGCAAACCCGGUCAGUAGUCCACGCCAUCAGCGGUCACUAUCGGAGCACGUCAACGGACGCAACAACCAGAAUACAUCAUCUAGAUUCACGCAAGACGAGACACCCUACGAAGACGAACGUGCGCCGACUCCUCCCCAGCACCGUGUGCCCAAUGGCUCCUCGAACGGUGCAGUCCAGCCAUACGAUUCUUCUGCGUCUGAUUACGAUGAGAGCCCGAUCAAGGAACCGCAUAACCUACCACCACCCCCUACGGAUUUAUCUGCUCCACCGCAGGGUUACGUCGACCUUCCUCCAACUCAAGAGCACGCUGCGUACCAAAAGCCACCCAUCCGUCCUAAUAUGCCUAUGGCGAAGCCAAAUCCCGCGGUCGAUUCUGCUACGCUUGAGCAGAUGGCCGACGCUUCACACGGAUCAUUCCCAGGUGGCAUAGCGACUGCUGGUGCAGCUGCGGCCUGGAGAAGCCACGAUACUAUACAGAGCAGGCGAAGUGGCGACUACAACGCAUACGGCGAUCAAGGGCAGUCGAUGUAUCUUGGUGUCAACUCAAGGCCGCCUCCAUCCAACCAAAACUAUGGUAACCGCCUAUCUACCAUUCCUGCAUCGCCCUAUGUCGAGCACUCCGAAUUUGUCGACUCCCCAGCAACCUACCAGCCGACAGCUCCAUCGGUUCCAGAACAUAGUGAGUUGCCGCUGCAGCCCCCCAGUCACGAGCUCCCUUACCGCCCACACCCUGAAAGUGGCGGUAUUACUCGUAAACCAGUACCAGGUCGGUCUCCCCUAGCCUCAGAAGAGGAUGACACCCUCUCGACCACUAGCUCAAGACUCGAUAGUUUACGAGAAGACGUAAUCGACCCUGAAGCUCUCGAUGCUUUCAACAUCCAACCCACUCUGCACCGUCAGGCAAGCUCAUCGAGUAGUCGCUACGACGACGAUGCGAUAUCGACUUCUACACCAGACUAUGCCAGUAUCGCUGAGGAGGAACCUGCGCCUCCACCACGAAGGGUGCCUGAGCGACGCGCAGAUCGUCCUAGAAGUGGCGUCUUGACGAUGAUUGGGGAUCCAAAUGUGAAGCCCCCCUCAGAUGCAGAGCCGGAUGGCUACAAAUCAGUGUUGGACCCAGCACGGCCACAUGCAGCUGUGCCUAGUAUUGACUUUGGCCCAACGUACGCCCUGGACUUCGACGGCAAGCGUCCGGGCACCAGCGGGACCAUGACGCAGAUGCUGCACGAUAACAGCGCCUCGCAAUCCAAGGAGAACCUCGCCACAACACCAAACGAACAGCACCGGUUGUCAUAUAUCUCUGGAGGAAGCACACCAAACACGCCUAUGCAUAUGCGUAGUGGUUCAGACUCUCCACAGAUAACGGACUCACGACAGGUCGCGUGGCAGCCGGCUGCAGCCUCACCACAGGUGCCCGAUAGACAAAGGCUAGACCCUGAAGACUGGGUGAUGCACCGUGCUACUCAGCAGCAGCCUAUGAUGUAUGGACAUGGGAGGAGCAAGUCACAUACCCCUCCUCCUUUCGGUCGCACGCAUUCAGGGGACUGGAGUCAGAUGCAGCCCCCUCCCUUUGGUCGCACACACUCUGGAGAUUGGAGCCAAAUACAGCGGUCGCCCCAAGGUUCGCCUGGACCCGCUCGUCCACCCAGCCGCCCGUUGAGCCGUGGUGCUGACACACUGCUUGAUCAACGACCCACCACUCUGUCAGCUCGCGAGCAGGAACAAGUAGCUCGAUUGACGAACACUCCGCUUCUGGACUUAUCGCAAACCCCUAAGAAAAUUCAGAAGCAGCCUCCAACGGGACUGACAGGCUACAUCGAUCAUCGUGAGAAGGAGAAGGCGGCUCAAAAGGCCAAUCGCCACAGCUUCACACCGACUAUGCAAGCCGAAAUUGAUAGACGCACGUUGCAAAAUCAACAGCGUCAGAUGAUGGAGGUUCAGCAACGCCAGCAGCAGAUGAUGCAACAGCAGAUGCAACAGCAGCAAUACGCAAUGGCUCAGGCGCAAGCUCAAAGCACCUAUGCGCCGAGCAUGAUGGGAAUGCCAACCGGCACGGGUACCCCCAGCGUAAUGGGAGCGUCUAGCAUGAUGGGCACUCCUAGUAUGAUGGGUACACCUAGUGUUAUGGGCAUGCCUACCGGGCCUGGGACUCCGUCAGGAAUAGUCGGCAUGGCGUACUCUACACCGAGCCAGAUGCACCCCAUGUAUCAGCAACAACAGCAGCAAUACUUCCCUCAGCAGACACCAACCCCCCAGAUGAAUAUCCCUGGUGGUUGGAUUUCACCAGCGCAGACACCACAGGGCCAGUAUUUCCCACAGCCGUCACCGCAAGGCUACGGCAACAUGGCGCAGCAACAACAGCAGCAGCAGCAUCCCCCCACGCAGGCUUAUGGCGCAAGCUUCGAUCAGGCGCAACAGGCAGCGAAGUUGGCGCAGCAACAGCAUCAUGGCCAGUACCGACGUUGA